CGAUUUCUUACUUGUGUUUUCACUAUAAAAACAAGUCGACAACAGCGAGGAAAUUCCAAACAUAUCUCACUUGCUCUUUCCUUCUUCACUCUCAGUUUCCGUCUUUAUCUCCUUAGGCUUGGUUUAGAGAAUGGAAAAUCCGGUAAAAAGGGUGUUGCUUACCUCUAAUGGGGACGAGAUUUCUCAGAAUAUUGCUUUCCAUUUAGCCAAGCGAGGAUGCAGGUUGGUCUUGAUGGGAAACGAGAACUGUCUAAAAAGUAUCAGCGAGAAGAUAGCAGGAACAGUAAGGGGUAUUGUGCCUGUGGAGAUUGUAGGAAUGGAUAUGGAGGAGGAGAGGGAGGGAGCUUUUGAUGACGCAGUGUGUGAGGCAUGCAGGAUUUUGGGGAAUUUGGAUGCUUUUGUACAUUGCUACGACUAUGAAGGAAAGAUGCAGAACCCUUUAGAAUUAGUUGAAGAUGAGUUCAAAAAGAUAGUGAAAAUAAACUUUAUGGCUCCAUGGUUCCUACUAAAGGCAGUUGGAAGAAGAAUGCGUGACAAUAAGUUGGGAGGUUCAAUUGUCUUUGUGACCUCAAUAAUCGGUGCUGAGAGAGGAAUUUAUCCAGGUGCUGCUGCUUAUGGUUCAUGUUCAGCUGGAAUCCAGCAAUUAGUUAGACAUUCGGCUAUGGAAAUUGGUAAAUACAAAAUCAGGGUGAACGCAAUUGCACGGGGUUUGCACCUACAAGAUGAAUAUCCCUUAGCAGUGGGGAAGGAGAGAGCAGAGAAGUUGGUCACAGAGGUAGCGCCGCUCCAGAGAUGGCUUGAUGCUAGAAAUGAUCUAGCAUCAACUGUCAUUUAUUUAAUAAGUGAUGGCUCACUCUACAUGACUGGGACAACUAUAUUUGUCGAUGGAGGGCAGUCUUUGUCGAGGCCUCGGAUGCGAUCUUUCAUGUGAUACUUUUUUUUCUCUCUUUUAUUUCAGUAUAUAUGGUAGUGGAAUGAGAAAGGGUGUCAUAUUCAUGUUUACAAAUUCAUCAAUUUUAUGGGGCUAUUCGGUUGAGUAGCAUCACGUCUAUAGAACAUUAAUUUUAUGUAAAGUUUUUCAGUUAUCUUGCAAUGUUUUGUUAAUGAUCCAAGAAGAGGAAUUUCUCCUGGUCUUUCUGAAGUUAUAAAAAAAAAAGCUCUGCUUAAUCUUGUUAUCA